GGAGGGUGGCUAAGUAAAAAGAAGAGGGACGACGCCGGUCCGCUCGUGCCCCCAAAAGCCCAUCUGGAACGCGAGCGUGUGCGUCUUGCCCGCAUAAAUGCCUGGUCCAGAGCGGCGGCGGUACCUCAGGAGAGAGAAGAAGCGCUCGCGGAGCCGCGCUGAACGAACGGAUUAUUUUUUGCUGGUUCUUUUGUCGGGGUUAGAGCGCGACCCCAGGAUCCUUCUUUUUAACACCUUCAGUCGAUACUCAAGAGGGAACCGGCUGGUGACAGCACAUUAACGGAUCAGGACUUUGAACUGGCAGGACAAAUGAAUACAAAUGAAUUUAGCGACCCGAAGGAGAGACCGCGGAUCCACACAACUCCACGCAAAGAGAGCUCUACUCCUGUGUACUCUUCUGUGUUGCACUUGUUCUUCAGGACUCACACAAGCGCUGUCUGAAGAUGUGGAUGUGUUGCAGCGGCUGGCUCUUCGCCUUGAGCAGGGUUCUCGCUCUGUCCCGUUUGGUGUCAUCCCACUUCGCUCCAGCAUUAUCCUCACAGCACGGGCACGUGUCACUGCUGCCACACGCUCCAUAUUCCCACAGCCUUUCUCCUGGAACAGCACACUCUUGUUAAGCAUUCGCUCACAUCGUGCCAACUCUGCGUUCCUUUUCUCCGUUUUCUCCGGCUCACGCCUCCAGUUAGGCUUGCAGUUGUUGCCAGAUGACAUUAAACUACAUGCUGGGCCUGACAACUCGGUUCGUUUUCCAUAUCACCUUCAUGAUGGCCACUGGCACCACCUGGCCCUUGUUCUUGCUGGCCAGACAGCCACUCUACAACCUGCUUGUGACAAUGGCAGCAGUGGAACAACCCAAGAAUUUCCAAUACUUCCACCAAUUCACUUGGACCCCCGCAGCACCUUCCGACUGGGCGGAAGCAGUGCUCUCCUACCUGGGAUUGAACCCUUUGAGGGUGCAGUGUGCCAGUUUGAUGUGAUACCCGCAGGACAAGUUGACUAUUGCAGGGCUAUUCGCAAGCAGUGCAGAGAAAAUAACACCAACCGACCAGCACCACCCUCUCCCAUUUUACCCUCCUUAGUGGAGCAGUCAUUCAUAUCCCAUCAUACUCUUGCAGUCAUACCCACUCUAUUUCCAUUGACAACCCUGAAUGUCACACAUAGAAUCAGAGCCAACCUUGAUUCCGCAGGGUUUCGAGCCACAGCGACUCAGAUAGGACUGGAACUGCCACCAAGCUUGAAUGCUAUCACACCUCCACCAACUUUCAAAGUGCUGCCCCAAAAAAUCCCCAAACCCACAGCCUCCAAGUCCAUGUUAGGAAAAUCUAUAGCUGCCACCAAACAUCCAGGGAUCAGGCACACUACAGCAAAAGCUCAAACUAAAACUGUUACUGUGAAAUCAUUACACAUGUCUGCAAGUCCAAAACCUACUGAUUCAAAUACCAUUAAUGUAUCAAAACCCAAUAGUUUGAAAAACACAAUCAUAUCAAAAACCUUAAGCUCAAAACCCACCAGUGCAUCGAAAACUAACAGAUCAAAACCCACUAGCAUGUCAAAAAUUUCUAACUUAAAACCCAGUAGUUUAUCAAAACCUGCUAACAUAAAACCUACAACCAUAUCAAAACCCAACAAUUCAAAACAUAUAGCCUCCAAACCAGCAUUUGUCAAGCCAUCUAAACCCACAAUAGAAAAAUCUAUAGCCACCAAACCCACAAAUCCAAAAGGGUCUCUUUCUAAUCUGCCACCAUCUAAACCUCCAUUACAGACAACCAAGAAAAAAAUCACUGCAAAAUCUCCAGUAACCCCUACUGUCAGUUCCAAUAAGCACCAAUUAAACCUAUCAGCAUCUUUAUCUAACAAGGUUUUAACUACUCCCAAGAUUUUAAGCCCUUUGUCAACUAAAAAGGUCCCAAGCAAUACCCAACAGGUACCCAGACAUAUGACUCCCAUGCCCAGGACCACAUCAACCAUCCCUGUUGUUUCAAAGAUGCCUCAAAACACUUUAGUAAAACCUACCAAAAGCUUAGUGGUACAUUUUACUACAUUGGCCCCAGUGCCUGGGACAGUUCUUCCUGCUGAUGGACUUCAGACUUGGGAUUUGGAUCUAGGACUUUUUGCUGCUCCGAUUGGACCACCAGGGCAAAAGGGAGAAGUUGGGCCUGUGGGAAUUCAAGGACCACCAGGAAAACCAGGAGCACCAGGAAAAAGUGGACCACAGGGACCACCCGGACCACAUGGAAAUCCAGGAAGACCAGGUCUCCCAGGCUUAAAGGGGAAGAAGGGUGACCCUGGACUCUCACCUGGAAUAGCACCUAAAGGAGAGAAAGGAGAUCCUGGGAUUAUUGGUCCUGUUGGUUUAACUGGUGGAGAGGGUCAAAAGGGACAAAAAGGACAUCCGGGACCAGCUGGUCUCCCAGGGGAAGUGGGGGAGAAAGGUUCUGAUGGAAGUGCUGGUGCCAAAGGUUAUCCUGGCAGGCAGGGGCUUCCAGGUCCCAUAGGUCCUCGUGGGCCAAAAGGCGCUCGGGGUUUUAUUGGCAUCCCAGGCCUUUUUGGUUUACCAGGACCUGAUGGUGAAAGAGGUAGUCCUGGUCCUCCAGGGAAGAUGGGCAAGAUGGGUACGCCGGGUUUUCCAGGUGAUUUUGGUGAGAGGGGACCACCAGGAGCUGACGGAGAGCCUGGUAUUAUUGGUGCCAUUGGCCCUCCUGGAGUACCUGGACUGAUUGGUGACAUGGGCCCAGCUGGUGUCGUUGGUUUACCAGGACUGAUUGGACUGAAGGGUGUUGCUGGAAACAUGGGCGAGUCUGGACUGAAAGGUGAUAAGGGUGAAAUCGGGCUCCCUGGGCAGCAAGGGGUGACCGGGUUCCAGGGAGACAAGGGAAUUCAGGGUAUAUCAGGGUUGCCAGGUCCUCGUGGAAAACCUGGCCCUCAGGGUAAACAAGGAGAGAAAGGGCCUGAAGGGGUCCCUGGCCCUCCUGGUCCUGAGGGUUUCCCUGGUGACAUUGGACCACCUGGACAAAAUGGGCCUGAGGGACAAAAGGGUGUCCCUGGAAUGAGGGGGUUACCAGGACCUCGCGGAGUUGCAGGACGAGAGGGAGAUGAGGGUCCACUUGGACUACCUGGACCGACAGGACUGGAGGGUCUUAUGGGCAAAACCGGUUUUCCUGGAAAGGUCGGACCUGAAGGAGUUAAGGGGGAACAAGGAGACACAGGGAAGGCUGGUCCAGUGGGAGAGCGAGGUUUGGUUGGAUUUGUGGGACCAGUAGGGGAACCUGGUCUAGCAGGAGAAAAGGGUGAUCGAGGACAGACAGGAUUGCCAGGACCACCAGGUGAAAAAGGAUCUACUGGCCAUCCAGGGGCUCCUGGAGAAGCUGGACCUCCUGGACCACCAGGUUCACCAGGUGCUCGUGGAUCACAAGGCCCUGCUGGCACUCGAGGUGAUAAGGGAAGACGGGGCCCACGAGGGUUGGAUGGUCUGAUUGGCGAGGCUGGCACUGAGGGCAAAAAGGGUCCUGUUGGUCCUCCUGGAAAGGUCGGGUUUCCUGGAGAGCAGGGGAAGAUCGGCGAUCCGGGAGAGACGGGGCCGAAAGGAUUUCCGGGAAUCUCGGGUUCUUCAGGAGCUCCAGGAGAAAAAGGGAUUGCAGGAGAGCCAGGACCCCCUGGGAUACCAGGAACAAUAGGGCCUCUUGGGAACAUUGGACCAAAGGGUCCACCAGGAAAAGUGGGAGACAUGGGAGCCUCUGGCGAACCAGGAGAAAAGGGCACGGCUGGAGUCGAAGGGAAUGCUGGAGCUCCAGGCCUCAUUGGAACCAGGGGAGAGCCAGGUUUAGAGGGUGAACAUGGUCCUGCUGGUCCUGAUGGUGCAAAGGGAGAAAAGGGUGACAUGGGGCCAGAGGGUGAAACUGGUGUGAGGGGUGAACCAGGGAUCAAAGGCAAAGAGGGAUCACCAGGUGAUCCUGGACUCACUGGAGUCAGAGGUCCUGAAGGGAAGACAGGGAAAAUGGGUGAGAUGGGAAAGCCUGGCCUCAAGGGAGCAAAGGGAAACAUGGGACACCUGGGUGAGACAGGAACAGCAGGGAAACCUGGACCGGUUGGAACCAUUGGACCAAAAGGCUCAAGAGGAACUACUGGACCUGUGGGUGCUCCAGGACGGAUGGGACAACAGGGAGAUCCAGGUCUAGCAGGGUAUGAGGGUCACCAGGGGCCUCAGGGUCCUAUAGGGCCUACAGGACCAAAAGGUGUAAAGGGUGAACAGGGAGAUGAUGGGAAAAUAACAGGUCCUCCUGGUCCUUCUGGACUUCAAGGGCGCAUUGGUGACCGAGGUGACAGAGGGGAACCAGGAGAUCCUGGAUACCUAGGUCAGCCAGGGGUAGAUGGAGUUCGAGGCAAAGUUGGUGCACCUGGAUUACCUGGUCACCCUGGACCUCCUGGAAAACAAGGCCCCAAAGGAUCAAAAGGGGAGCAGGGUCAAAAGGGUAAACAGGGUCAACAAGGAGAACGUGGAAGUAGAGGAUCACCAGGUGUGGUUGGCUUGCCAGGUCCAAGGGGUGUGAUUGGUCGAGAGGGCCAGGAGGGCAUUUCUGGUGUUGAUGGCAUUCCAGGGAAGGAUGGAACUAAAGGAAUACCAGGUGACCAAGGAGAUGAUGGAGAGUAUGGACUUCCAGGGAAAUCAGGAGCAAGGGGGAAAAUUGGUGUUCCAGGUUUACCAGGAGAUCAGGGUUCAUUUGGGCUAAAGGGUGAACGAGGUCUCCCAGGUCAUCCUGGGCCUUCAGGGAAAAGAGGAUUUAAAGGAGGAAUGGGACUGCCAGGAGCUCAGGGGGAUCCAGGGCCCAAAGGGCAACCAGGAGAUUUCGGAGAGCCUGGAUUUCCAGGGAUACUCGGAAUAUUUGGUCCAAAGGGGCCUCCCGGAGACAUUGGGCCAAAAGGCAGUCGUGGACCUAAAGGUCCCCCUGGCCAAUCGGGUAAAGUGGGAGUGAUUGGUCCUGCUGGUAUAAUUGGACCACAUGGCAGUCCAGGCCCUAGAGGAGAUUCUGGUAGCAGUGGAGCAAUGGGUGCUCAGGGGCCAAGGGGUGCUCCUGGACUUCGAGGACCUCCUGGACCACCGGGACCACCCAGGAUUUCAAAAUCCUUUCAACAAGAUGACAGUGGUGGAACGCUGUCUGAGUUCAUUGGUUCACAUGCUGUUUUUAAAACCAAGAUGGCAGAUCAAAUGGAUUUUUCCAUGGACCGAGCUCCAGACAUCUUACAGACAUUACACUAUCUUAAUUUGCUUGUUCUCGGUCUGAAGAAUCCACUAGGAACAAAGGAUCAUCCGGCUCGCCUCUGCCGGGACCUUAUAACCUGCCAACACAAAUUCAACGACGGCACUUACUGGAUUGACCCAAACCUGGGUUGUCCCACUGACUCUAUAGAAGUGACAUGCAACUUCACAAGAGGCGGGCUCACCUGCCUUAGACCAAUUACUGUGUCCAAGCUGGAGUUUAGAGUUCAGUAUGUCCAAAUGAACUUCCUACACCUGCUGGCUUCAAGGGCAGAGCAGCGUAUCAUUAUCCACUGUCUUAACAUCACCAUCUGGAGCUCCACUGCCACUCAGUCUCCUUCCAAGAAUGCAGUGAGGUUCAUGGCAUGGAAUGGAAUGAUGCUGGAACCAGAAGUGUUGGAGGACACAUGCUGGCACCGUGAUGGCCUUUGGAGGAAUGCUAUCUUUCUCUUCAGAGUGACAGAAGCCUCACUGCUUCCAAUCAAAAACAUUGCUAAUCUGCCGAAAACCGCAUCCAUGUCACGCUAUCACCUGGAGGUCGGACCUGUGUGUUUCGUGUAGUGUGUACACGUGAAUUGGUAUGCAUAUGUGUGUCCACUUCCUUGCACACUAUAACCGGCUGAAGCUACCCACGUCACAGCCGCUGUAGUAUUCAGCCACUGAUUGGACUGCAGAAACAGGAAGAAGGUGGUGUGACUGGGGCUUCUGGGGGAUGUAGCACUAUAAGACUGUGGAGGAGAAAUCCAAGACCUUCUGGCCUUAGAUGUCAUACUGUAUGAGUGAAGACUCUUAAGAAUAUGACCCAGUUUACAUAGGUACAAGACAUAUAGGCCAGGGUAAUACUGCCAUGCUCGCUCUCUUUCUCUCUCUACUUUUUUCUAUAUUGAAUACUAUAAGUUAUUAUGAUACUUGUCCUAAAGAAAUAUCCUCUAUUGUAGAGAAGAAUUAAGACAUUAAGAAUCGGAAUAUAUACACACACACACACAUA